AUGAUCCACCCAGCUGUUUCUCAGCACAGCAUCUCACCGUCUGCAAUCGAUGAUGAACUAUUGAGCACUGAGCCCUCAGCGCCAGCGACUCAGCCCCAUGAUGCACCCAGUUUAACGGAAUGCUAUGUCCAAGCCAUCAAACUACAGGAUAUCCUGGGCGACGUGCUCUAUACUUUAUACUUUGGCACCGGCGAUAAGGAAACCGGCGACAUCAGCUUCAACUUCAUCGCAGCCUCCACGGCAAACGACAAGCUCAGGCGAGGUGAAUUGCAAAUGCUGCUCAAUAUAGACAAUUCUCUUUCGGCAUGGGAGCGAGACUUGCCUGAAUAUCUGAAAGCCCGGAACUACAAUUUUAUGGGCUUCGAGGGUAAUGACUUGUUUGGUGCAAGGACCCCUGCGUUCAACAGACAGGCAAUCAUUCUGCAUGCCAGAUACCUCCAUGUCCGAUUAAUCAUGUUUCGUCCGGUCCUAUCGGCUCUCUUCCACUCCAGCUCCAAGGAAACCUCAGGACAAGAUAGUUCGAUGGAGUCAGCUAUGCGUAACGGCAUGCUGGACAAAGGGGUCAACCUCUGCGUCUCAUCAGCUCGCGAUCUUGUCGAGCUGAUCACAGGGAACCUCGAUCUCUACAAUCAGGUUCUACCACCGUCGUGGCACAAUGUCUUCUAUAUGCAUAGUUGUUCUAUCGUAUUUCUUAUCUGCCGCCUCUGUUGCCUGAGCCGAAUACAGAAUAAAGAAGCCCUGAUCGAGAGCUGGAACAAAUGUAUAGCUUUCUUCCGCACAUACCAGUCUCGAAGCCGCUCGGCGAAACGAUGCCUGCGAAUAGUCGAGGCCAUUCAAACGCGGGUGUUCCAAUCGCAAUCUGACCCGAACCCGGUCUUAUCUUCUGGGCCAUCAUCCGACAAAGAGUAUAGGAGUCAGACAAUCGGCGAUUCCACCUGGUACGAGAAUAUACCGCUGCCAGAUCAGGGCUCGUCUCCGCUGGCCUUUGAUGAAGCCACGCUCGCUGACCAGGCCACUGCCAACUGGAUCAGCGAUCCAUCGGAAAUGAAUUGGCUCUCCUUCUUUCCUUUUGUAGAGGGCCUGGCGGACGGCAUUUCGGACCCCCAGUUCCUUCAGACCCCGUUCUCUUAG